ACUUAGAAGGACCGCCCCUUUAGCAUCGUGUUUAAGGUACUUGAAGAGAAGUUUGCUCUUGCAGUUUUGUUUUGCAAGUAUUGCGCACAAGAGAGCAAGCUACCACUACUACACCCAGAAGGGACUGAACAUUUAAAUCGCAAACAGGAAAUCGUACUGAAGUUACUGCAUCCUCACAGCGAAAAUACCGGACUUGAAGAUGAUUUUCGACAAAUUGAAAAAGUUCUACAUCGUCUUCGACUCCCCCGAAAUCGACUCCCCUCCUGUGUUUAGCAGCGGGGAUGUUGUGUCCGGCAAAGUUGUCCUGGAGCUUGCCGGGGAAAGCAAAGUGGAGUCUCUGAAGCUGCACGCCGAAGGCUUUGCUAAAGUGCAUUGGACUGAGUCUCGGAGUGCCGGGGCCAGCACUGCCUACACCCAGAACUACAGCGACGAAGUGGAAUACCUCAACCGGAGAGAGGUGCUUCUGCAGGCAGACAAUGGUGACCUCACUGUUCUUCCAGCUGGCAGACAUGAAUACCCUUUCAGCUUCCAGCUGCCUGAAGAGACCCUGGUGACCUCUUUUGAGGGCAAGCAUGGCAGCAUUCGUUACUGGGUGAAAGUGAAGCUGCACCGACCCUGGACCACAGUGAAGAAGAUCAAGAAGGAGUUUACAGUUAUUGAGCCCAUUGACAUCAACACACCCACCCUACUGGCUCCCCAGGCUGGUACAAAAGACAAGAUGGCAAGGAUGUGGUACCGCAAUUUGGGGCAGGUGUCAGUGACUGCUAAGAUUGACCGCCAGGGAUACACACCAGGUGAGGUGAUCCCCGUCUUUGCAGAGUUUGACAACUCCACCUCCCGCUCUGUGGUGCCCAAGGCCUACAUCACACAGACGCAGACCUUCAUCGCCAGGGGCACCAUGAAGCAGAAGCGCUCUGUGGUGGCCACACUGUGCGGGGACGCAGUGGGGGCCCGGCGCAGGGAGACCUGGCACGGUCGCGCCAUCAAGAUCCCCCCCGUUGGGCCCUCCAUCCUACACUGCCGCAUCAUCAAAGUGGAGUACAUGCUGAAGGUGUGUGUUGAUGUUCCUGGGACAUCCAAGCUGUUCCUGGAGCUGCCUCUGGUCAUGGGCACCAUCCCACUCCAUCCUUUCGGCAGCCGCACCUCCAGUGUCAGCUCCCAGUACAGCGUGAACCUGGAGUGGCUGCGCAUGGCCAUUCCUGAGCAGCCUGAGCCUCCCCCAGAUUACAACACCAUUGUCUCUGAGGAGGAGGCUGAGCAGAACAUGACGCCCCCUCAGGCUGAGGAGGACUUCAGUGGGAUGCUGGAGCGCCCCCUCUUCACUUACGUCCAGGAGUUCCGGUUCAGGCCUCCACCGGUGUACAGUCUGGUGGACCCCAACCCUCAGCCCCUCAACAUGAGACCUCGCUGCAUGACGUGUUGAACGGUUCGUCUCACCUGAACGGCACGCAAAUUUCUGACAGAAAUAAAGCAGAAGAUUAAAACUAAGUGAUUAGUUUUCUCCCGGACCGCUCUUCGGACCUGGAGCCGAGCGCUGGGAAACUGCUCUUGCUGUUGGUCGGACUGGUGCGAAGCGGAGAGAAGGAGUGUGAAGCGUCGACAGGACCAGAAUAUGGGAAGACUCUUUGAAAGGAAAAAAGGGACUAGGAAAAGAAGAAAGAAAAGGAAAGAACAUUCCCCUUGUCCUGUCAUCCUCAGUGAUAUGCUCCAGUCCACGUCCUCAGAGCUGUUGUUUCCUCCCACUAGUGGUAUACAGACGCAGUGCUGUGUUUGUGUGUGGGGGACUGGGAAAUGUUGGGGAAGAUCACUUUGGGGGGUGAAGGUUCCUCAUAUCUGCAGAUAGGCUAUUGCCAGCUUGUUCUGCUGGACAAAGGCCUUGAAAAUGGAUGAUCUGUAACAUCCCCUCCAGCAUAUCCCACAACCUGAAAAUGCCCAAACCUGCAUUUGGAAGGUAGCCUCUCAGCUUGUGGCCCCUUUGACAAUUUCUAUAACGGGUCAAGCAAAUGAAGAAAUUGAAGAACAGGGCACAUUACAUGAGAGUCACAAUUUUGGUUAGAUGCAGAGGAGUCAAAGGCAGUCUGAUCAGAAGGUUCAUACAGCAGGUUUUGACGUUAACGGUAGGCGACACGGGUAAAAAAAAAAAAGUGAGAGAAAGGGAAAAUCGUGAAAGCUUCUAGUGUUUCUAAAACGAGUUGAAAGCAUUGCAUGAGGAUAUUUGGGAAGCAUCUGCAUUCUUGUCUCUCUGGCAAGGGAAAAGCAUUGUGUUAAGAUGCCUUUUGCAAACUGUCGUGUGAUGAAGAGAGUUUUGAGGAUUGAGCAUGUGAUUGUGUAGGAAAAGUUAAUCUUGUGUAAAAGCUAUAACACAACAAUGUCUGUAUGCAGAAAUGUUGACACGCAUAAUCUUUCCUCAGAAAGUAGGGGGAGUUCAUAUUUAAUGAUCCUCUCUGUGCUUUGGAAAUGCCAAAGAUUCUAGCGAAAUAAAUCACUCCUUAGACUAUUCUCAGCAGUUGUUCGUGGAUUAGAACUGCAAAUGAUGCUGCAUUCAGUGUGAAACAUAGCUUCUGAAGCAGCAAAAGAAGAACAAUCUGAGCCAUGUUAUUGGUGCAUUUUAUUAAAGCCAGAUGCCUGUCUUGAUAGUAGUCAUGGUAAAACUAUUACAGGACAGUUGCUCAAUGGUACGUGAAGCUUUAACUUUGUGAUGCCACUCUGAAGUUUGUUACUGCAAUACAUUCCAAAACUGAGGGGUUUUCCCUCUUUACCAAAGAGUAAUGACUUCUGUUCACCAACACUCACCUGUUGUGAUGUGCAUGGCAUUCAUUUUAAACUGAAUGUAUUUUGUAUACUUGUUAAUGUUGAAUUACUGAACUUGCCAAAUUUGUAAUUUUGUAAUUUUCUAA